AUGGCCAACUCAUUCCACAGAGAACCCGAAUUUGACACCAUCCAACUCCACGGUGGACAAACUCCCGAUUCUGCGACCAACGCUCGUGCGGUACCAAUUUACGCAUCUACAAGCUUCGUCUUCAACGACUCUGCUCAUGGAGCGGACCUCUUUGGUUUGAGAGCUCUCGGUCAUAUCUAUUCUCGUAUUGGCAACCCCACCGUCGACGUUUUCGAGAACCGAAUGGCGGCUCUUGAAGGAGGUGUUGCGGCUGUCGCCACCUCGUCAGGCCAAUCCGCCCAAUUUCUAGCUAUCAGCGCUCUUGCAGGAGCUGGCGAUAACAUUGUCUCGACGUCAUACCUUUACGGAGGAACUUACAAUCAGUUCAAAGUGACGUUCAAGCACUUUGGCAUUGGCGUAAAAUGGGUUACAGAGACUACUCCUGAAGCUUUCGCCGCUGCCAUCGACGACAAGACCAAGGCCAUCUACGUUGAGAGCAUCGCUAAUCCCAAAUACAAUGUCAGCGACAUUCCUGCUUUGGCCAAGAUCGCGCACGAUCAUGGGAUUCCGUUGAUCGUCGACAACACCUUCGGAAUGGGAGGGUACCUGACAAGGCCCAUCCAACAUGGUGCAGACAUUGUUGUCCAUAGUGCGACUAAAUGGAUUGGUGGGCACGGAACGACAAUUGCUGGUGUUAUCAUCGACGGAGGUAAAUUUGACUGGACGAAAUCGGGCAAGUUCCCUGGAUUCACAGAACCCGCUGAAGGAUAUCAUGGUCUCAAAUUCAGCGAAACGUUUGGAUCUGUUGCCUUUGCUGUCCGUGUUCGAACAGAGCUUCUCCGCGACAUCGGGCCAGCAUUGAACCCGUUUGGCGCUUUCCUCCUUCUUCAAGGUCUCGAGACCCUCAGUCUGCGGGGACAAAGGCAUAGCGACAAUGCUCUCGCGCUUGCCAAAUACCUCGAAACACACCCCAACGUUGCCUGGGUCUCUUAUCUUGGUCUUCCAUCACACGGAUCGUACAAGCUAGCAGGGAAACUCUUGCGACCGAAUGCUUACGGAGGGACACUCUCCUUUGGAGUUAAAGGCGACGUCAAGACCGCUAGCAAGGUCGUCGACAGCCUGAAACUUGCGAGCAACUUGGCGAAUGUUGGCGACGCCAAAACCUUGGUCAUCCACCCUGCUUCAACCACGCAUUCACAACUCACAGAGGCGGAGCAGCUGACGUCUGGCGUUACGCCUGAUCUUGUCCGCGUAUCCGUCGGUAUUGAGGAUAUCAAGGACAUCAUUGCCGACUUUGAGGCGGCCCUUCAAAUCGGAUUCGCGACUGCUGAACAAUGA